UGAUCUUGUCAAUUGUCCCUUUUGCUACCAUAAAAUGUCGUCGAAAACACCAGUUUCUGAUCAAAUAAAUCAAGUUGAACAAUCACUAGAUACUAAAACUGAUUUAGAUAAUCAAGAAUCGAGUUUAAGAUAUGCCGCUUAUGCUAAUAGAUUUAGAACCAUUCUUUUAGCAUCUCAUCGUUACGUUGCUUAUACUUCGGAUAUUGGUGAAUCUUUUAGACCGGUUGCCCAUCCAUAUUUAGUUAAAUUAGGUUAUGGUGUUUCGUGGUUAUAUAUCUUGGGAGAUGUCAGUUAUGCAUCUUGGAUUGUUAAAUUAAAAUCUGAGGGCCGUUAUACUUCAGGCUUGAAACCUUGGAAUUAUCCCUACCCUGAACCAAAUCCAGUUGCUAAACAGGUUUUUGAAAGUACUCAAGGUGAUAAAUUGGUUGAAUCAGAUUGGAGAUUGGUUGGUUUGAAAAGAGGGUUAUUCCAAAGUAUUGCUUCAAUGGGAUUACCUGCUUUCACCAUUCAUAGUGUAGUUAGAUAUUCUUCAGUGUUAUUUAAAAAUCUGAAAAUUAAACCUUUGAAAACUUAUGGUCCAGUUGGUCUCGGGUUGGGUGUGGUUCCUUUAUUACCUUAUCUUUUUGAUGAACCAGUAGAACAUGCUAUAGAUUAUAUUUUUGAUAAAGGUGAAGAUUUUUAUAAAUCUUCUCAGAAAUAG